GUGGAAAGUGAAACAAGAUGUCAGCCCACAACUUCUACAUCGAAGAUUCUGCUGAAGAAGAUUCCUUCCGGGGUCACAAAUCGUUCAGUAAGUUCCGGGAAGGUGAAUCAAUUGUGAUUGAAGAAACCGAUUCGGAAGCAACGAUUGAAUCUUCAGUAAAUAGUUCCAAUUCUUCUGCCGCUGUGAGUGAAGAGGAAAACAUGGUACAACAGAUGAAGAAACGGCAAAGCAAACGGAUGUCCUUGCACCCGAAAGCAGCGGAAAGUGAGAGCAGUAAUGAGGGUGAGCUGGAAGAUCUGGAUAGUACCAACCUGGUUGAUCUUACCAACGAGGAUGAUGAUGAGGAGGAGGAGGAGGAGGAAGAUGUGGAACAUAGCGUCUAUUCACCUGUAACUCGUAUGAGCAUUUAUGGUGUGGCGGUAGCUGAAGGGAGCGAUGACGAUGCAACCGAUAUUGAAGACGAACAUCGGGGAAAGGAUGAUGAUGUUGAAAGCGGGGAGGAGGAAAUCAUUGGUAAGCCAGCACGUAAAACCCGCAAGAAGGUAUUCAUAUCGGACGAUGAGAGCGAAACGAGCAUUAAAAAGACGUAUGAUGAUACGUUCGAUGCAGAAGCUGACGAACCAGUUGUUGAAAAGGAGAAAUCGAAACUGACUUCACCAUUGAAGGAUAAUGACGAUCAAGACUCGAUAAGCACAAAGCUAUCCUCGACGCUAAAAUCGCUAGAAGCAACAUCUCAGGACGUACAUCAGGACGAGCGUAAUGAAUCGCGUAAUGCGGAGCUGUCUUUCGUCGAGGAUCAUCGCUGUUCCAUUAGCAUGCGCGCAUCAAUUGGAGAAAAGCUUUCCUCAACGCACAUUGGCGAGCAGAUUAUAGGAAUCGCGGACGCUAAGGAAGCGGUUCAGCAGCACAGCAGUAGUGACUCGAGCAGCAUAAAAUUGAUAGAGAAAUCCGAAGAAAUACUUACCGUUAGCAGUGGCGACGAAGAUGAGGAAGUUCAGUUCCAGGGUCGAUCGUCGGGCCCGAAACCUCUCCAGCAAAAUCUUGUCCAACCGACCAUAACUUCGUUUGUGCGUGGCAACAUCCAACAACCAGGUCAGCGAGUAUCGCAGAGCGAGUACGACUCCAAGGUAAGGCGUAUGGCCGAUCUGAAAAGUCAACUCGUGCUGAUCGAGACGGUGAUGAAGAACAGUGCCAAACUGCCGGACAAGGGAGCCGGGCUGGUGCGCCGUUUGGCCGAGAUAAAGGGUCAAAUUUUCGAACUAGCGAAGGACAUAGAAAUGACCCGAGCCACCCCGAGCAAGGGUGUGAAGCGAACGAUACAGCAAAACAUUGAUCUACCCCGACAGGGUGGUGAAAAUUCGCGUAAUACUAGCGCGGAUAGCAAUGCCGGUGGAGGUGGCGUACAACGUGGUGAAUAUAUACCGUGGGACACGAUCAAGAAAACGACGGACGAUAUUCAACCGCGCCACACGGGUAAGCAAGGCAUCGCAACGUUCGAAAACCAAAAGCUACUCACGAUGGACCGUUUGGCAACGUUGCACAAGUCGAUCGAAACCUGCCCGACCGAGGAUACGCUUGCCGAUCCACCGAAACUACUCAGAAUCGAGCUGAUGGAUCAUCAGCGGCAUGCACUGGCCUGGAUGUUGUGGCGCGAAACACAAAAACCUCGCGGUGGUAUACUUGCCGAUGAUAUGGGUCUCGGUAAGACGCUGAGUAUGAUCUCGCUGGUGCUGAAAUCGGCCGAACUGGACCCGGAGGGUGAACAGCUGGAGCAGCGGGAAAGCGACAGCGAGAACGACGAAGAGCAGGAAAAUCAGCAACCGUUAAACGGUGGAAGCUGGAAGAGCAAAGGACGCAAGGACUAUUAUGCGGGUGGGACACUAAUCGUGUGUCCUGCAUCGUUGAUGCGCCAGUGGGAGGGCGAGAUAACGAAUCGCGUCAAGCGCAACAGUUUGUCCGUCUGUGUGCAUCACGGGACACAGCGCGAAUCGAAACCACGGCAUCUGGCAAAGUACGAUGUAGUCAUUACGACGUACAAUAUUGUAUCGCGCGAAAGUAAGGUCUCGGCAAGGGGCGGAGAUGGGGUGUAUGGCGUCAACUGGGAGCGCAUCAUACUGGACGAAGCGCACGUGAUCCGCAACCACAAGAGCAACAUGUCCGAAUCGUGCUGUGGACUGAAGGGACGGUACCGUUGGUUGCUGACCGGUACGCCGAUCCAGAACAAGGAGAUGGACGUGUACGCGCUGAUGAAGUUUCUGCGCUGCACACCGUUCAACGACCUGGUGCACUGGAAGCGCUGGAUCGACAACAAAACGGCCGGCGGUGCAAUGCGCUUGAAUACGAUCAUGAAAUCGAUCAUGCUGCGGCGUACGAAGAAGCAGCUACAGGAGCGUGGCGCUCUUACCAGUUUGCCGAACAAAACGAUCGAGGUGAUUGAGGUAGAGCUGGAAAAGGACGAAAUGAACGUGUACCAGAAGGUGCUGAUGUACUCGAAGAAUUUGUUCGCACAGUUUUUGCAUCAGCGGGCAGAGAAGGAGCAUGCGAUGAACUAUGGGUACGGGAACAAGCGUCCUACCUUUACCCAACGCGGUGGUCCAAAUCACGCAUUCGAUAAGGUGCAUCAAAAGCUAAAAAGCAUACACGAUCGUCACGAUGGCACGGAGGUUAAGCAGCAUCAAAUUUUGGUGCUGUUGCUUCGCCUGCGACAAAUUUGCUGUCAUCCGGGGCUAAUCCACGAGAUGCUAACGGACGACGAUCAGGGCAAUCUGGAACUUUCCGAUGGGGAAGAUGCAGGCCGCAACAGUGAGGUGGAUUUGCUAGGGCAGCUAAACAAGCUGAAGCUGAACGACGUAAUAGCGGAACACGAAGCAAAGCUAGCGAACGGUGGUACGGAUCGGGAGGAUGUUUCUUUGAAUCUUUCGGAAGAGUUUGAUCAACCGGAAGGUGUGGCAAGGGCGGCCUCUAAGCUGAUGCUUAAAACGAACCCGAUCUUCCGUCUCGAUCGUGCUAGCUCGAAGAUUGAAAAGACGAUGGAGCUGCUGGAGGAGAAAAUUUUCCACACCGACGAUAAGGCGAUCAUUGUUUCGCAGUGGACGAGCAUGUUGGACAUUUUGGGUACGCAUCUCGCGGCUCGGAAUGUUGCGUUUGUGUCUCUGACGGGCAAGGUGCCGGUAAAGCUGCGAAAUGAUAUUGUGCUGGCGUUUAACAAACCAUCCGGAAAGGCGAAGAUCAUGCUUCUUUCCCUGACCGCCGGAGGUGUCGGAUUGAAUCUCGUCGGUGCGAACCAUCUCUUUCUGCUAGAUCCUCACUGGAAUCCGCAGCUCGAAGCACAAGCACAGGAUCGAAUUUAUCGCGUUGGUCAAACGAAAUCCGUUUACAUUUGGAAAUUUAUGUGUGCAGAAACAGUGGAGCAAAAAAUUCACGCCCUUCAGCAGCACAAGCUCAGCAUCGCGGACGGCGUCCUGACCGGUACAGUAAACAAGGGCAGCAAGCUUACGAUGGACGAUUUGAAAUCGCUGUUCGGACUGUAA